AUGAAGCAACCGCCGUUCAGUUGGUCACUUGUGUGGCUCUUGUUUUCCGUUUUUAACCCGAAUUCAGUCAGAUCCCAUCACAUUCUUGGCCUCUUUGUCAAUGUGCAUCGAUCCCAGUUGCUGGUCCACUUGGCCGUGUGCCAAGCCCUCCUCCAGAGGGGUCACCAGUUGACUUUGGUCACCACCUUACCCCUGGAGAAUCCCGAAAUCGAGAAAAAUGUAACACAUAUUUUGAUACCCUGGAAACAGCCAAAGGAUGAAGAUCCCCGUGGAUCUUCUAGUGAUUUGUUGGGGCGUUUAAAAAGGAUGUUCCAGCGUCUCGAAAAGUCGGAAGAACUUCUCCUUUUGCCGGAAUGGAAAUCUUUUCUAAAUAGACCUUCUUACCUGAAAGUUGAUCUACUACUUUUGGGUUAUCACUUUAAUGAUCAUCUACUGGGUGUAGCUGCCCAUUUUAAUUGUCCAGUGGCUAUUAUAACCACCCAACAGCCUACGGGUUUUGUAAAUAAUUUCAUGGGAAAUCCUGAAGAACGUUGGUAUGUUUCUCAGCCGUACGACAGUCACCAAAGGAGUGGACUUAGUGCUUUGAUUUUUGGAGUUUGGGAGAAAAUUGUGGAAGAAAUGGCAAGAAGAGUGCUACAGAAGAUAUACAGUUCCCGCUUUCCUGAACCACAAUAUCCCAGUUUCCAGAAGAUGCGGAAAUCGGUUGCCUUGGCCUUAAAUAAUCAUCACGCCAUCAGUGAAGGACCCAUAGCUCCGGUUUUGCCAAAUAUGGUGGAUAUAGGAGGCAUUGUUUUGGAGCAAAGGAUGUCCAAAUCACCAGUGGCUAUGGGAAGUCGUCCUAUCAUUCUUUUCAGCUUGGGAACUCGGUUUACUUGGAAAAACACCCCCGAGCAUAUUUUGGAAACAUUUGAAAAAGCUUUUGCCGAGUUUUCCGACUAUGAUAUCUACUGGACCUACGAUGGUCCAAAUGCUGAAAAUAUUACGACAGAAUAUCCUUAUUUAAAAGUUUCAAAGUGGUGGCCCCAGUGUCAGUUACUGGCCAGUGGAAAGGUUCACCUGUUCAUCACUCAUGGAGGAAAGGGAAGUCUUUCUGAGGCUCUCUAUUAUGGAGUACCCAUGCUUGGCUUACCCUUGUUGGGAGAUCAGCGAGCCAAUCUUCAUAAAAUGCAAGCUAGAAAAUGGGGCUUGACUCUGUCUACCCACAAUCUCACACAUUUUGCACUGUCAAAAGCUAUGUCUGAAAUACUUAGUAAUUUAGAUUACAAAAAAGCCAUAAAAACAGCCUCUCAACUUUAUCGGGAUCGUCCCCAAAAAUCCAGUGACUUGGCAACCUAUUGGAUCGAGUACAUCAUCCGGCAUAAUGGUGCCCACAAUUUGCAGAAUCCCGCUAAACAUUUAAGCUUUGUAGAGUAUUACUCCCUUGAUGUUUAUCUACUAGUCUAUGGGGUAUUAUUUUUAAUAAUAUUUAUACUCAAAAAAUUAAAUCGCUUGCUAUGAC